AUGGUUUGUAGGCCUGUGGUUUGCUUGGAUGGGUGUCAUGUCAAGGGGCCUCACCCUGGGCAAGUGCUUUCUGCAAUGGGAGUUGAUGCAAACAACGGAAUGUUUCCACUUGCCUAUGCAUAUGUAGAGAUUGAGAGCAAUUCAACAUGGCUGUGGUUUUUAGAAUUAUUGAGUGGUGAUCUCAAUAUUACGAAUAGCCAUGGUUAUGUAUUUAUGACUGACAAACAAAAAGGGUUAAUAGAUGCUGUGGAUGCUCUAUUCCCUCAGGCAGAGCAUAGACAUUGUUUGAAACAUCUAUAUGGGAACUUCUAUUUGGAACAUAGAGGUCUUGCCUUGAAACAUCAAAUGGAAGCAAUUGCUAGAGCCACAACAGUGCCAUGGUUUCAUGCAGAAAUGACAAAGAUGUUGCAGUUGUCUAAACCUGCACAUGAUUGGCUCAUGGAGAAAGAUCCUAGGCAUUGGAGUAGGGCAUAUUUCAAGAGUGAUUCCAAGUGUGACAUGCUUAUGAACAAUCUAUGUGAGGCAUUCAACCGUAGCAUAAUGGAUGCCCGAGACAAGCCUAUUCUGACUAUGCUAGAAAGAAUUCGGUUGUAUAUAAUGUUGUUGAUGGCGGGAAGAAGGGUUCUCUGUGAGAAAUGGCAUGGACAAGUUGGGCCAAGAAUUAGAAAGAUAUUAGAGAAAAACAAAGGAAAAGCUCAGUGGUGCAUUCCUAAGGCUGCUGGACAGAAUCAGUUUGAAGUAAUGCACCAUAGUGGCCGCACCUUUGCUGUUGAUUUGAAUGCCCACUCUUGUUCAUGCCAUGCUUGGGAUUUGAAUGGAAUACCAUGUUUGCAUGCAUGUGCUGCAAUAAGUUGGUUUCAUGGGAAUCCAGAGGACUUUUGUGAUGCAGUGUACAAGAAAGAGGCUUAUUUGAGAGCCUAUGAACCAAUGAUUAUGCCUAUGACUAGCCAAGAUCAGUGGAUGAAGGUUAAUUUACCUCCAUUACUCCCUCCGAAAUACCACAAGCAGCCUGGUAGGCCUAAGAAGACAAGAAAACAAGCUGUUGAAGAACCUAAACUUCCUGUUAAUCCAUAUAAGCUUCCUAGGUAUGGCAUCCCUUUAAAGUGUGGCAAUUGUGGUGGAGAAGGGCAUAAUCGAAGUAGUUGUAAGGAACCUAGAAAUCCCAACAUAAAGCCUACUAGGAAGAGGAACAUUGCCAAGGACAAACUUGCAGUAAGAAAGAGAGAUGGUGGAGACCAAAGUGGCGGACAACAGAGUAUGCAAUUAAGGCAAAGGAAACACUCAAGCACUUCCCAAGGGCCUUCUCAAUCCCAGGCAUCUCAAGUAGCUGCUGCUUCUCUAUCCCAACCAUCUGAAGCAGCUGAUGCUUUUCAAUCUCAGCCAUCUGAAGCAGCUGAUGCUUUUCAAUCCCAGCCAUCUCAAGCACCUGAACCUGCCAAAUUAUCUCGAGUACAACAACGUCGGAGGAGGAUGAAAGAUCAACAGAGGAGCCAUUUUGUCAAAGAUCCUUUUUUUCAUCCUUGA